AAAGGAAGAAAGUGCAGAGAAAAUAUAAAGUUUAAUAAAGUAGUAACGAUGAAAACAGAUUAAAAGCUUAGAACCAAAGGAAAUAAUAGUACAUAGAUAGUGAAACUAAAAAAACGGAGAAAAGAAAAAAAAUAUCAACAAAAGAAAAAAAAAGGAAAAGAGAAAGGAAAAUUAUCUGCCAGAGGAAUGUACACUGAAGCAGUGAUGGUGGACACUAAACAUCUUCAGCUUGGACUGGUUGUUUUGGCAGUGAUGGUGGCGGUCUCCGCCCAUCAGGCCUACGGCAUCCCUACCUACGGCAUUCCCGCCCAUGGCACCCAUUCUUACGGCUACGGACAGCCCCGCUACGUGGGUCCGCUGGCCUCCAGUGUCCCAGCCGGCGUUGGUGGCAAGAUAAUCCCUGUUUCUGAUACCUACGAGGUGGCGGCAGCUCGAGACCAGUUCUUCAGGACCUACCAGGACCAGGUGAACACCAUCAACGCCAUCCGUGCCAGCCGCCCCGUCCGCUACGGCACCUCUUACGGCUCUGCGGGCCCCGUGCAUGUCUUCCACCCCGCUCCCGCUGUGCACUCUACUUACAGUGGCCCUGCAGGGGUGUCCCACUCCAUCAGUGCUCCCGCCGUGCAUGUGUCCCAGUCUUCCUAUGCCGCUCCUGCAGUGUCCCACUCUGCUUACGGCACCCCCUCCUAUGCACCCUUCACUGCGCCCACACAGGUGAGCGACACUCCCGAAGUAGCGGCCGCCAAAGCCGAGUUCUUCCGUCUUUACAAUCAGCAGGCUGCUGCUGCCGCUGCUGCCCCGGACGACUACACCGUUCAGAAGUAUUACUGAGGCAUCUCACAGACCACGUUAUUAUUUUUCACUAAUGCUGCAUGUUUUCAUUUCAUCGUGAAUGAAGGAAAUAAAAAAAAAUUAUGAACUCAAGAAAAGGUACAUAAUCUUUCUUCCAGUUGUAUAUUUCAUCAUUAAAAAGAAUGGAGCACU